AUGGUACAAAGAGUGGUGGUUUCCAAACUAUUGAAUUCUUCACGACCUCUUGUUUUCGGAAUGAUCCAUGUCCCGGCACUUCCAGGAACUCCAUCAAACACUCUUCCAAUGUCUGCUAUUCUGAAGAAGGUUCGAAAAGAAGCGGAUGUGUAUUUCAAGAAUGGAGUGGAUGGAGUUAUUGUGGAGAAUAUGCACGAUGUUCCAUAUGUUAAACCACCUGCAAAUCCAGAAAUUGUCAGUGCAAUGUCAUUGGCUUCCGAUCAACUUGUGAAAUCUAGAGAUGCUCAUCAUCCGGGAGCACUAACCGGUAUUCAAAUUCUCGCAGCAGCCAAUCGAGAAGCAAUAGGAGUUGCCUAUACAACUGGACUCGAUUUCAUCAGAGCAGAAGGAUUCGUAUAUUCCCACGUGGCUGACGAAGGAUGGAUUGAUGGAUGUGCCGGAGGUCUUCUAAGAUACAGAUCUUCUUUGAAGGCUGAUCAUGUGGCAGUUUUCACGGAUAUCAAGAAGAAGCAUAGUGCGCAUUCUAUUACUGCAGAUGUAUCAAUUCAAGAAAUGGCAAAAGAUGCGAAAUUUAACUGCGCUGAUGGAGUAAUUGUGACUGGAAGUUCCACUGGAAGUGCUGCAAUGUUGAUUGGAAGUGGAAUCAAUGGGAAGAAUGCAAGAGAUUUUGUCAAAGCUCAUGGAUUUAUUGUUGGAUCGGAUUUCAAGAUUGGAGGAGAUUGGAAGAACGAACUGGAAGCAUCAAGGAUCACGAAGUUUAUGAGACAUGUUAAUUCACUGAAGCGGUAG